GAGAAUGAGACGCACAGACAGGAGACAGAGAAUAUGAAGGCACUUCACAAUGAUAGGGAGACAGAAAAGAGUGAGACAGAAAACUACGAAAUGGGACCAAAGCAGAAAGAAUUUAAAAAAAAAAAAAUAAUAAUAAAGAGAGGAAGCUGGACAGAGACAGUCAUGGAAAGAAAUUGAAAAGCAUCAAACACAGGAAGGCAUUAAAAAUAGAGAAUGUAAGAUGCACAGAGUGAGAAAUAGAAAGGGAACAGGACAAAGAGGCAGGAAAUUAAAAAAAUUGUUAGAGAGCUAUGUAGAGGGAGAAUUGAAAGAGAAAAAUAAAAAGAGAUGGGCUACAGGAGCACCCCAGCCACAAGGCGGGGGGUGUGUGCUGAAACACAACAGGUCAUUGAAACACAAUGGGUUGCCAAAACUGGCAGCAGCCGGCAGGGAAAACACCACUGGCAGGCAGGGCCUGGCAGGGGAAAAGCUUUUCCCUGCUUGCUGCUGGCAUCUUCCCUACCAGCCCCUGCUUGCCAGCGGCGUUUCUUCUGCCAGUGUCAUUGCCCCAUCAACCCUUUGGUCCUGGAGUUCUUCCAGGACCCCCAACACUGGGCCCCUGGAGGGGCCUGACUGGCCCAGCAGCGCGAGUGAUCACAGAGGCGGCAGGGGAGGCAGACAGUGAUGUGCAGAGCACGGGUCCUGCCCCAGCAGGUCGCACGGACACCGGGACAGCAGCUUCUGCCCUGGCCAGAGUUUGUGAGGACGAGGGGCACCGCAUGCCGCCCGCUCCCACGGCACAAGAGGAGGCAAAGGCACCAGCAUCUCCUCCCUUCGGCCAGCGGGUGAUGGCAGCGCAGGCGGGGAGCCAGGUCCCUGCCCCGCACAGCCCCACAGCCUGCACCGCGGCGCUGCAGGACACAGCCCAGCGCCUUGUGAAUGAGGUCCUGGGCCAGCUUGCGGCUGCAAUCCAGGGACACGGCCAGCAGCCGACGGAACCACGGGGCCUGGCACAAAGCAUGGAUGUGACGGCAGCAAGAACACCUGCAGCAGCUCAGGACACCGAGUCUCCCUUGGCUGGAGAGCCUCAGGGAGAGGCACCUCUCAUCCCAGCAGCAUGUGACGAAAACAUGGCCUCUCUCAUGUCUGGAGGCCAUCAAGGAGAGGGCAGCACAGCCAUCGUCUCGCCAGCAGUGCACAAAGAUGAAGUGGCUUAUUGCCUCAAAACCCUCCAUCAGACGCUGGCACUCCCCACCUUGCCCCAGCAGCGGAUGCAAAGGACAUGCAGCAGCUUCUCCCUUGGCUCAGGACCCUCAGCACCAGGUGAGCCAUGCAUGUGCGGCCAGCACCAGGCAUCCUGAGGCACAGAUCCUGGGCUGUGUGUGGCAGGGAGAUGCCUGGUGCUCUCCUUGUCAUCCUGCUGACAUCCCCUCCCUCCCCUGCCUGUGCUCUUGCUCUCCCUGGGCAGGCAGCCUCCAAGCACAGAGGUGACACACAGCCCUCCUCCAGCUGCAGGGCCAUGCACGAGAAUGUCCCUGGGCCAAGUGCUGCCCCAGCGAGGGUAGGCCCAGCCCAGCCGUCCCAACGAGCAGCAGCCAGGCCAGCAGCACUGCAUGCCCAGGAGCUUACCAUGCCCUGG